ACAGAGGGAGUGGUGGUCAUCUGUUUUUAUGCGCCUUUUGACCCUCGCAGCUUGCUUUGGAGAUUAAAAUUAGAAAAUCUGAAACAUCUCUGGCGAUCAGAAACACCGAAUUCAGACAGAACUUGCGAGUUUCGAUCCGCUAGCAGAACUUUGAACUUCCCCGACGCGCGAGCACCGUCGAUUGCGGCCUCCGAGGAAGCAGAUUUUUAUGGAAAACGUUUAAUUGUUGAACUAAUGGGAGAAUCUGCCGAAAUUGAAGAGCCCGCACUCUGCCUAAAUGAAGAAUUCGACAAAGUCGUUCUCAUGUACGAAGAAUUCUGGGAGCAGCAGGUCGAGCAGCAGAUCGGUCGGUGAGGACAAAGUUGAAGCGAAGCGGUCCAAGCGCAGCAACUGCGACCUGGGAAGGAUGGCGCAGUCAGCGGGCGCGUCCGUCUCAGGGGCGGCUUCCAACUCGGACCUGGUCAGCCUGUUCGAGUGUCCUGUCUGCUUCGACCAUGUUUUGCCUCCGAUUCAGCAGUGCCAGAGUGGCCAUCUCGUUUGCGCCUCCUGCCGCCCUAAACUCUCAUGCUGUCCCACUUGCAGGGGUCCACUUGGAAAUAUUCGCAACCUGGCUAUGGAGAGGGUUGCGAUGACAGUGAUGUUUCCCUGCAAGUACGCCUCGAUGGGUUGUGAAUCAACCCUCUCACACACAGACAAGGUUGAACACGAGGACAGUUGUGAUUUCCGACCUUACGUUUGCCCAUGUCCGGGCGCCGUCUGCAAGUGGGGCGGCCCUCUUGAAAAUGUCAUGGCUCACCUGAUGUCGGCACACAAGUCAAUCACCACAUUACAAGGAGAGGACAUAGUGUUUCUGGCCACAGACAUAAAUCUGCCUGGAGCUGUCGACUGGGUGAUGAUGCAGUCCUGCUUUGGCCACCAUUUUAUGCUAAUCCUCGAAAAGCAGGAAAAGUAUGAGGGGCACCCCCAAUUUUUUGCUGUUGUACAAAUCAUCGGAUCGAGGAAGCAAGCAGAGAAUUUUGCCUACCGGCUCGAGUUAAAUGGAAUGCGACGGCGUCUGACGUACGAAGCCACGCCGCGCUCUAUUCACGAAGGUGUUUCGACUGCAAUUCAUAAUUCCGACUGCCUUGUCUUUGACCCCAGUAUCGCGCAGUUAUUCUCGGACAAUGGCAAUCUGGGAAUAAACGUCACCAUCUCCACAGUGACCAAUCUGUAGCCGGUCGAAGAAAGGCGUGAGAUUUCUUGAUUGCCUCUUUUUGUUUUUAACCAAGGUGAUAUUUGACAAAAACUUCUGUAUUCUGAAUUGCGUACUCUCGGAGUAAUCUUUUCUGCGAGUCUCAGAUCUCAUUUCUAAUUUAAAAAUGAGCUUUAUGUGUAGCCAUGUUGAAAAUUUCACUAAAGCUAGAGAGAUCUUUUCAUUUCAUUGACGUAGCUUUUUAUCCUCAUAUAUAAAUGAGCGGUGCUUCAAGCCGAAAGUUACACCUAAACACACGCUGUAGGUAAUUCAUAAUAUUACUCAUUUAAAAUAAAAAUUUCAAGAGCGUUGAAAUUUUUGGAUUUUUAUUCAUUAUCCGUCUCUCCUUUACUUCCAGCCUUAUUUUUGCUGUUCGGAGAUUCAAGCAUUAUCGUAACGGGACCGUCGUUCUCAAUUUCAACUUGCAUAUAUUCCCCAAACUUUCCAUCUGAAAUCGAUUUAUUAAACAUAAGAAAAUUAUUACAAAAUCUAAUUACAAUGUCAACCUUUGACUAAUUCCGACUUGUAAUGUUUUCUCAAUUCUGCCAAGAAGUUAUCAUAAAACGAUCUGGCAGCGUCAGGACCCAUUGAGUUGUGAAAAUCUGGCUUGUUUCCUUUCAGUUCGUGAUAAAGGGUGAAUUGGCUGAUGCAAAGAAUUUCUCCUUGUUUGUCCUUCACGCUGCUUUUCCAUCGGACGCCAGAGUCGUCGUCGAAGAGACGAACAUUCAAAAUUUUACGAACUCUGAAAUGAAAAUUUAAAUUUAACAAAAGCUAGCAAAAUUUUUAAACUUUUACCGACAUGUAUUCCAAAUCAACUGGGCCGUCGUCUCGACAGAUUCCAAUGAGGACGCACAGUCCUUUUUCUAUGCUUGAAACAAUCUCCCCAUUCACUAAACGUAAUGGAAAUAAAUUUGAAAUUGUAUAUUAUUAAAUAAUUGCUUAGCUAACCUGAGACUUGCGCCCUGCGGACCCUUUGAAUCAGUGCUC